CCGUAUCAUAAGUAAAGUAAAGUAGGAGCAAGUGGAGUGAAUUGGCUGUUGGAAAGUCUCGUUGUACGGCAAUUUUCUUUUUAUAUUAGCAAACAUGUCAAGCGGUGCGCUUUUCGGUAAUAAUGCUUCGCGCGGUGCCUCGAAAAACCUUGUCGAAUUUAAAGCUGGUAAAAUGACCGUGAAAGGAAAAAUGGUUUAUCCGGAUACACGGAAGGGCCAGCUCUAUGUCUAUCAGUCUGACGACUCAUUAAUGCAUUUCUGCUGGAAAGACCGAACGACCGGUGUAGUUGAAGACGACUUAAUUAUCUUUCCUGAUGAUUGCGAAUUUAAACAUGUUCCUCAGUGUAAGACUGGCAGAGUGUAUCUUUUGAGGUUUAAGUCGUCAAAUAAAAAAUUCUUUUUUUGGCUACAGGAUCUCAAAACUGAUAAAGAUGAAGAGCACUGUAGAAAAAUUAAUGAUGUAUUAAAUAAUCCACCGACUCCAGGAUCCCAAAGGAGUGGUGGUACCAACGCUGAAGGAGAUCUUCAGAAUUUAUUGAACAACAUGUCGCAGCAACAGCUUAUACAAUUGUUUGGUGGUGUUGGUCAAAUCGGUGGUCUAGGUAGUUUAUUAGGUACAAUGAAUAGACCACAUGGUGUUCAGAGUACAAGGGCUUCCACUACGACUUCAUCCACUCCAGCCACUACGAAUGUAACUAGACCACCUCAUUCGUUGACUCCUGGGCCCAAUACGGACUCUAAAUCUUCAAGUAAUAAUAAAUCAUCAACAAGAACAACAGCUCCGUCCACGCCAGCUGCAACAGCAGCAGCUCCAAGUAAUAGAAUACAACUUAGUGAUUUGCAGAAUUUUCUAUCGGAAAUUCCAACGCCAUCUCGAACGGAGCCAGCUGUGCAGAGGGGCGUAGCGACAGAGCUGACCAGCACUAUCUCAUCGGAGGCGAUUUCUGCGACGGAGAACUUGGAGAGUGCUAUGAACGUGCACUUGCCACCUGGGGACAGCCUGUCUACCACGCUAUCGUCUCCCCAGUUCUCCCAGGCGCUAUCAAUGUUCUGGUCUGCUUUGCAGUCGGGCCAGGCGGGCCCUGUCAUCCGUCAAUUCGGCUUGGGACCGGACGCCGUCAGUGCCGCAGCCAGUGGAAACAUCGAAGAAUUCGUCAGCGCUCUGGAGUCCGAAGCGAAGAGCGAUCAGGGACAACAAGCUCAACAGGGACAAGAUGACAAGAAUAAGAAGCAAUCAUCGGCUGCUAGUCCUGAUAAAAAGGACGAUGACGACGAAGGCAUGGCUUUAGAUUAAGGAUGUAAUUUGUAUGCAUCCUUAAUUUCAGGCGUUGCCUUUUUUUAUUUCGAAAUUAUGCGUUACAUUAUUAUUAUGUUGCAAUGA